AUGAGCUCAAGCAGAGGAGAUGAAACGUGGAGUAGAUUUAAUUUUCGGCCACGAUCAAAUUAUCAAAGUGACAGUUUCUCUCGACGAAGAAACAAUAGAUAUCAAGGAGCAAUCCAGGAUGACUCAACCAAUUAUAAUAGUUCUUCACGAUUUACAAAUCACAUAUCUAACCAACCUACACAACAAUCAUCUGAUGGUUUGACACCGAAUCGACUAAAGACAAUUGAUGAUGAAAAGAAAGCUUACGCUGUCAAUCUUCAAUUAGAGCCAGUUAAAAUGGGUAUUAUGGCCCGAAAUGAUCAACGACAACAAGAAUUUAAAGGUUUAGGUGCAUUCAAUCAGUAUUUUGGUUUAUUGUCUCCAGCGGAUGGUUUCGGCUAUACACUUCCUGAUGUUUGGGAUGGUUAUUUCCAUAUAACGCUUGCAAAAUUUACUACUGAUAUCUCACCUGAAGAUGUCAAAGAUAUUUUUUCCAAAUUUGAUUAUCCCUCUGCAAAUAUUCCUAUUAUUCGUGAUAUUUUUUUCCAUGCAUCGCGUCUAGAUACAUUUGCAGGAUCAAAUCGUGCUAGCGACCGAAACAACAUUCCUUUUAUUGUGUUAUCCAUUAGUUCUACUCCCGAAGUUCAAGCAUUCUAUAACGAAAUUGGACCGUUACUUGCAGCGAUCAAACACAAAGUGAAACCAAGUGUGUGGGAAGUUACAUCGCAUGAUAAGCUUCAUGUUACUAUACGAAAGUAUAGUAAAAUUAACUAUAAAAACUAUUCACUACAAGAUGUUCCAAUUCAUCAGUUUCCACUUGAAUUUCGGUGUUCAUAUGUUGGAAUUCGAGAGCCACGAGAUAAAACAAUUAACAGAAUUAAGCAAAAUAAAGAUUCUUUACAUCAAUGGUUAUCUGGUGUGACUGAAAUCGAUGGAAAAUGUUCUGGUUGUCAAACGUCGAUUGCAUCGAAAGAAUGGCAAGGGUUCUGUUAUGCAUGCGGAAAAUACGAAAUAAUUAAACCUCUUUGGUCAAGCUCUGGUAAUAAGCCUAGUUCUUCUUGUAUUCAGCAAGCAAAUCCCGAAAAUAGCGUUUUGGAUAAAUUAGUUGAAGCUAUAUCUUUGAACAAUCCUUAA